AUGUUGUUUUUCAUCCACUUCGGAAAAUACCUGGUCCUUUCCUCAACCGUAUAUCCAAACUUCCAUGGCUCCUCAGCUGGAUUUCUGGGUCGUUCCAUCGCUCGCUACUGCAACUUCACGAAGAGUAUGGUCCGGUCCACUGAGUCCAUCAUUCGUGACCCUGAACGAUUCGCCAAGUUCACCAAGGGCGAACAAGAAAUUAUCAAUUACGACCACGAAAAAGAUCACAGACGGUUUCGAAAGGCAUUUCACCAGUCGCUCAAUGGUACUCCAUUACUAGCUCAUGAAUCAGUCAUUCGGAAAAAUUGUUCUAUAUUUCGGACGAAGGUCGAGAAAUAUGUCCAGGAAAAUGACGGCAGGGUCGAUAUCACAAAGCUUUACAGCUGGCUAGCCUUCGACAUUGCGGGUGACCUCAUAUGGCGAGAGCCAUUCGACUGCCUAAAAAACAUGAAGAGCCACCCAUGGCUCGCUGCUAUAGAGUUAGCUAGCAUCGGGACUUACGUUCUUCUGGUGGGAAUCUCUCCAUUGUUGCAGAAAACAAUCUGGCCUUUCAUCCCCAAAAGAAUUCUCGAUUAUCCUCGCGCUAUCGUCCAAGAGAAGAGUAAGACCAAUUUAGCGUCAAAAGCACACGAAACCGAGAGUGCUUUCUCGUUUGCUUAUAGACGGGAUAUCUUAUCGCCAGAAGAAAUGGAAGCGAACCUGAUCGUUUUCGUUACCGCCAGCAGUGAAACCAUUCAUUCUGCGCUCUUGGCUGCAACCGGCUUUCUGGGGCGAUACAAAGCCUGUGGUCGCAAAGCAAGAGAGGAGGUUCGAGCCGCCUUUGCUCGUGAAGAAGAUAUAGUCCACCCUGCGGUUACAGAGCUACCUUAUCUUAACGCAGUUAUGCUUGAGACUUUCCGACUAUGCCCUGCUCAACCAACUUCAGGCCCUAGAAGGGUUAUCAGUGACUCGGUUACUAUCGAAGGAGAAUACAUACCGAAAGGCACUAUUCUUCGAACACCCCAGUACUGUGCUGGUAGAUAUUCUCAAUACUUCCGGGAUCCACAUGAGUUUCAUCCGGAGCGAUGGCUCAAUAAUCCGUUGUUCACUUCGGAUCAGCUUAAUGUCGUUCAUCCAUUUCUAAGUGGUAGACAAAGCUGUCCAGGUAAACAAGUUGCUGAGAUGGAGUUGGCGCACAUUCUUGCCAGAAUGCUUUGGGCUUUUGAUUGGGAAGUCGAAGGGGAAAGCUGGAAUGUCAGCAACUGGAAGUCCAACAUCGAUAUUGUGAUUCUCAAUUCCUUUCCCGUUCUGGUCCUGUGCCUGCCAUUCUAUCUUGUGGCGAAAGAUUGCUUGGGACGAACAGCAGGGACAUUUGCAAGUCAGCAGCAACACGUCCUCCGGGAGCGAGUGGAGUGUCUCUGGGAUUGGUCUCCUUUCCUGCGGUCCCCUGAGCCUCAGUUUGACACGAUCCAGGCUGCCUCGUCGGGAGGCCAUCGAGAGAUUAUCAAACUGCUCUUAGACAAGGGAGCGGACGUCAAUGCACAGGGCGGCCGCUACGAAAACGCUCCAUGUGCGGCCGCAAAGAGAGGCUAUCAAGAGAUUGUCAAAUUGUUCCAAAGAGGGGGUGCUAUUACAUCUUUUUCAAAGUGGUCCGGCUCAGGGACUCCAAGCAGGCCGGCGAAGAAACUUUGUCUCACGGGCUCUGAACCUUCUGAUCAAACUCAAUAA